AUGUGGCGGGACCGCACCAAUCUGUACAGUGGCACUGCACUUGCUUAUAUCUCCUACCGUCAAUCAUUUACACAUCAUCCUACGAAGAAGCCGCGCUAUUUCGGAGCACCCAAUGGCUUCUCCGAUACAGCCUCACAAUCUGAAGAAAGCCGGCGACUUAUCUCCGAGUCCACAGGGAUUGACGACGAUGGUGAUGCGAUUAUUGAGAUGGACGUGCUACCGCCGCGCUGGGUCGAUGUGCAAGACGAUGUGACGGACCUACUCGCGGAGAUAGCACAGAAGUCGGCACAGCUGGAUAAGCUACACCACAAGCACCUAUUGCCCGGAUUUGGCGAUGAGGAGAUCCGGAAACAAGACGAGCGUGUUAUUGAACGAUAUACCCAGGAGAUCACCCGCGGCUUUCACGAGUGCCAGAAGCUUGUCAAGCGCAUCGAAGUGAUGGUACAUGAGGCCAAACAACAAGGGGGGGUUAGUAGCGGGGACGAGACCAUGGCGAAGAACAUCCAGAUCUCGCUCGCGUCUAGAGUACAAGAGGCCAGCGCUCAAUUUAGGAAGAAGCAAAGCAACUAUUUAAAGAAACUACGAGGACUCGAAGACACAGCGUCACAAUUCGACCGAUCCGCUACCCCAAGUCAAAACCCAUACACAGACCCAUCAUUGAUGGAGUCCGACGCCGAUAAAUCCUUUUCGCAAACCACCCUGAUGCAGACAACACAGCGAAUGACUGGCCAGAACGAUGCCGCGAUUCUACAACGAGAGCGAGAAAUCAAUGACAUCGCCAAAGGAAUCAUCGAACUAUCGGACAUCUUCCGUGAACUACAGACUAUGGUUAUCGACCAAGGUACAAUGUUGGAUCGCAUAGACUAUAACGUGGAGAGGAUGAACACGGAUGUUCAAGCAGCCCAGAAGGAACUCAAUGUGGCUACUGGCUAUCAACGACGAACCACAAAGCGCAAAAUAAUCCUUCUACUCAUCCUUCUAGUGGCAGGCAUGAUAAUCGUCCUCCUCGUCAAGCCGAAGAAACAUGGAUCCUCAGAACCUGCGCCGCCUCCAUCCCCUCCGCCAGCUGCUCAGCCAGAGAAUCCACCGCCUGGUCUGCGGCCGCGAGGUUUCGAAAUCGCCUAUAGACGCCCAGGAUCCUCGUCGUUGACGCGAGUUGCUAGGAGUGAAUGGGUCGACCCUGACAUAUGUCGAUAA